UUUGUUUGGUUCUCACACUGCUAUUUCAGGUUUUUGUAGUCAAUUUCGUUUUAGGGUUUCUCUUCUGAAAAAAAGAAGAAGAUAUAUAUUGGCUCGUUUGGUUUAUUUAAGAUUGGAUUGAUUUGUCGAGAUUUGAUUUUGGAUUUAAUUGGUUUUAGUGCUUUUUAAGUUAUCGUUUGCGUAUUGUAAUUGAAACAGAAAUUGCAGAUCCAAAUCUUGUGUAGGAGUGAGGAAUUUGAAUGUUGAGAUGUCUGAUAAUCACGUAGCGGAGCAGCAUUCGGAUUCGGGUCCUCGUGUGGGGCACGACCAAUCAAAUGCGGAUACCGAAUCAAACACUGAUACUUUUCAAGAUCAGGGGGAGCGUGUUGAUCCCAGAGAUGGAGUUGAGGGGGACCAUGAAGAUGGAAAAUCUGCAGAGGAUACUGCCAGAGAUGACAUGUUUGUUGAUUGCCCUGAUGAGUUAACCACAUUUGAUGGUAGGCAAAAGGAGGAAGAAGCUGAAGCUGCAGCUGCGAAAAAUGAAGAUGACGUGUCGGACGAAAAUCAAGUUAUGCAUCAACAACAGAGGCAUUCUGUUGAAUUGCGCAAUGGAGUGGGAGAUGCUUACUCCCCAGCCCAGCUGGAGGAAGCUGAUCCUGAAAAAGAAAGUAUUUUGCAGGAAUACCAGGAAGAAAGACAAACUGUCACUCGGGGAGUGCUUGAUCUUCAUUGUCAGCUAAAGACUCUCACUGGUCAACAGAAUGAAGCUAAAGUUGGAGAUAGGGAAGUGACUGAUGUUCCAUUGAGGGAGAUGAUAAAAGAAUGUAUGGAGUUUGUGAAAACUGCCUCAGAAGAGCGAUCAAACAGUGAAACCACUGUAAGUAAUCUUCGUGAACAUCUAUCUGUGAAGGACCGUGAGAUAGAGGAUCUUAAUUCAAAGCUUGCUCAAUUGAUGGCGUCUAAUGAAAGUUUGCAGGCUUCACCUGAAGCUCAGCCUGAAAAAGAUCGUAAUGUUGAGAUUGUGAUAGAUAAGAUGAUAUCCUCUCUUGCAUCAGUUGUUACUCGAGAGCAAGUAUUGGAUGAUACUAUUAACGGGAAAAUAGAUUAUAUUGAGGAAGGCACUGCACAUUUAAUUGAAAAGUAUAAUCAGAUUCUUUAUGAAAUUUAUCAGCUUGGGCAAUCUUUCUCUGAGGUAGGAUUCGAUACUAAAGAACAGGAAUAUGGGAACAUACUUGCUGAUGCUCGUGGUGGGUUACUGGAGCUCAAAAGAAAGGAAACAGAAUUGGUUGAAAAACUGGCUCAGUUAGAAGAUGAAAACCGGAAACUGGUGGACAAUCUUGACAAGGAAAAGGUGAAAAUAGGGACAUUAAAUUCUGAACUUGGAAAUCUGAAAAUGGAGCUUGAGCAGGAAAAGGUUAAAUGUACUAAUACCAAAGAAAAGCUUAGUAUGGCUGUGACAAAAGGAAAGGCUUUGGUACAGCAGCGAGAUUCAUUAAAGAUGUCUCUGGCUGAUAAAUCCAGUGAGCUUGAGAAAUGUUUGAUUGAAUUGCAAGAGAAGUCAGUUGCACUUCAAGCUGCUGAACUUGUUAAGGAGGAGUUGGUCCAACGUGAAGAUAUGGUUGGGUCCCUGCAGAACUCAUUAGAGGAAAAGAAUGCAAUUUUGGAGCAAGUGGAAGAAAUCUUAUCUCUUGCCAAACCUGAUGAAAAUGAAAUGGUUGAUGUGUCAGAGAGACUAAGUUGGCUUGUGGAUGAAAGAAAUACACUGAAGGAUGCCUUCCUAGAGUUAUGCAAUGUGAAGGAAGCUCUAUCUCUAGUGGACCUUCCAGAGCCUGUUUCAUCAUCUGAUUUGGAAUCCCAAAUGAAUUGGCUUAUGGAUUCUUUUCUUAGGGCCCGGGAUGAUAUGCAUACUCUACAGGAACAAAUUUCCACAAUCAAGGAAGAAUCUUGCAAGUAUAUUGAUCGCCUGAGUGUUUCUCUUUUGCUGGAGUUACAGGAAAAAGAUUAUCUUCUGUCAGAAUUAAAUGAUUUGAGGUUCGAAUAUGAUGAACUUGUUGGCAAGAACAAUCAGAUUUCUCUGGAGAAGGAUCAGAUAGUGAAUACAUUAGUCGAUCUUUGUGGCCUGAACAUUGAAGAGGAAGCGAUUGAUCAAAUCUCUUCCAACACUUCUACAAUCGCCAAUUUAUGCUUUCAAGUUAUAAAAGAACAGAGUGGUCCCUUCUCUAGAGGAUCUCAUAUUGAUGCGGAGUUGUCUGACAGGAUUCAAAGUCUCUUGUAUGUUAGAGAUCAGGGAUUAAUGCUCUAUGAAGAUAUACUGGAAGAAGAGAUGCUACUUAGAUCAGAUGUGAGUAAGCUGUCAAAUGAGUUGAAAGUGGCAUCUGAGGCAAUUAUAGCAAUGAAAGAGGAAAGGAGUUCUCUGCUGCAAGAUCUUGAACGAUCAGAGGAGAAGAUUGCCAUGCUUAGGGAUAAGUUGUCGAUGGCAGUUAAGAAAGGAAAGGGGCUGGUUCAAGAUAGGGACAAUCUAAAAGGUCUUCUAAAUGAAAAGAACUCAGAGAUUGAGCAGUUGAAGAUUGAUUUACAGAAGCAAGAAUCUGCAGUUUCUGAAUACAGGGAGGAGAUCAACAGAUUGUCUAAUGAUGUGGAAAGCAUUUCGAAGCUGGAGGCUGAUCUUCUUGAAAUGAAAAGGGACAGGAAUCAGUUUGAACAGUUCUUAACAGAGAGCAAUAACAUGUUGCAGAAAGUGAUGGAGUGUAUUGAUGGUAUUGUUCUUCCAGUUGAUCCAGUUUUUGAUGAACCAAUAGAAAAGGUGAAGUGGCUUGCUGGUUAUGUCAGCGAAUGCCAAGAUGCUAAGGUACGUGUAGAACAAGAGUUGCAUCUAGAGAAGGAGAAGGUCAGUGUACUUGAAAUUAAAUUAGCAGAAGCCCAAGCAACUGUAAAAUCCCUUGAACAGGAAUUAUUAUCUUCAGAUGACAAUGUUUCUCAACUUGCUGAAGAAAAAACAGAGUUAGAACGUGGGAAGGCAAAAGUUGAGGAAGAGUUAAGUAAAGUUAAAGAAAAAAUUGCUGAGGUUUGUAGCACUACUAAGUCACUUGAAGAUGCCUUGUCACAAGCAGAAAAAGAUAUUUCUAUUCUUUCCGAAGAGAAACAGCAGACUCAAGUUAGUAGAGUUGCUGCAGAGCGAGAGUUAGAGAGUGUUAAAGAUGAAGCACUCAAGCAAACAAGCAAACUGGCAGAGGCCUACAGGACCAUAAAGGAUCUAGAAGAUAAACUAUCUCAGGUUGAGGAUAAUGUCAAUUUAUUGACUGAAAAGUAUAAUGCCGAUCAAAUUGUGAAGAAUGACAUGGAAAAUGAAUUGAAGAAGCUGCAAGAUGAAGCUGCAAAUCACGAUAGCAAAUUGGUAGGUGCCUCUGAAACUAUAAAAUCACUGGAGGGUGCAUUAUCAAAGGCACAAGAUGAUAUUUCUGCCUUAGAAGAUGCAAAUAAAAUUGCAAAACAGGAGAUAUCUUCCCUUGGUUUUAAGUUAAAUUCAUGCAUGGAUGAGUUGGCUGGAAAGAAUGGCAGCUUAGAAAACAGGUCCUUACAGCUCGUUGAACUUCUUAAUGAUCUUCAGGUGCUCAUGAAAGACACUACUCUAUUUCCCAGAAUAAAACAAUGCUUUGAGAGGAAAUGUGAGACCCUGAAGAACAUGAAUCUUGUUGUGAACAAAAUAAGAGAUAAUGUUGCCUUGACUGCAAAUGAAUCAAAAGAAGAGCUUGUGAUGGAGGAAAAUCCACUUGUGGGAAAAACAUUCUUGGAUGGCCUUGAAACUUUUGAAAUUGAACUAGACAAUAGAGAGGUCGAGGGUGCCGAUAUUGACACCAUAAUCUCAUUAUUUGAAAAUAUUGCGAAAGGAUUUCAUUUCAGAAACAAACACAUUGCAGAUAAGUUUGAUGAAUUUUCGGAUUCUAUGGAUGAGUUUAUUUCUCCUCUCCAUGAAAAACUACUGGAAACAGAGACCAUCUCAACAGCUAUUGUUGGGCACAUGGAAAUUAUGAAAGAAAAAACAAAUACAAUGGAGAAGUUGAAAGAAGACCAGGAAAACAUUAUUGCCACAUUAGAAAAUAAUGUCAGUGUAUUGCUAUCUGCAUGCAUUGAUUCUACUGUUGCACUUCAGACUGAAGUUGACAAGAAUCUUGGGCAGGCAGGCUCCAUUUCUGAUGUUAAGUUAAACCUUGAAGCAGGUGCACAAGAAGAACAUCAGAAGAACAGCAAAUAUGUGGAAGCCACACAAAAUUUGAUGAAUGCUUCUAGAAAAGCUCAAACUUUGAUUGAACAGUUCAAAUGUAGAAGUGAGCAGGUAGAUGCAACAAUUGAAGAUUUGCAGAAUAAAUUGAAAGAAACAACAGAUGCUUUUAAACUAGUGACAGAUGAGAGAGACUUGAAUAAAAACAGAGUUUUGGAGCUGGAGUCUGACAUUCAAGCACUACAAAGUGCUUGUGGUGAGCUUAAGGAUAAGUUAGAGGGUUAUCGUGCCCUAGAAGAAAAAAUCGAGGAAAAAGAGGCUGAGAUUUCAUCAAUGCACAAUGCUUUUAAAUUAGUCACAGAAGAGAGAGACUUGAAUAAAAACAGAGUUUUGCAGCUGGAGUCUGAUAUUCAAUCACUGCAAAAUGCUUGUAGUGAGCUUAAGAAUAAGUUAGAGGGUUAUCGCAUCCUAGAAGAAAAGUUGGAGGAAAAAGAGUCUGAGAUUUCAUCAAUGCGCAAUGCUUUUGAAUUAGUCACAGAUGAGAGAGACUUUAAUAAAAACAGAGUUUUGCAGCUGGAGUCUGAUAUUCAAUCAGUGCAAAAUGCUUGUAGUGAGCUUAAGGAUAAAUCAGAGGGUUAUCAUGCCCUAGAAGAAAAAUUGGAGGAAAAAGAGGCUGAGAUUUCAUCAAUGCACAAUGCUUUGUUGGCAAAAGAAGAAGAAAGCUCCCUCCUUCCAGCAUCUCAAAUGAGAGAUCUCUUUGACAAGAUAGAUAGGUUCAAAAUCCCUAUUGUAGAGUCUGAAGAAGAUGAUUUGGAGCCACAUACUUCAGCUCCUAUGAAAAAACUCUUUUACAUUAUUGAUAGUGUUACAAGGUUGCAUAAUCAAAUAAACUCUGUGUCUCAUGAUAAAGAAAAGCUGCAAUCAAUCCUUGAAACUAAGGAUCUUGAAAUUCAGGAUCUGAAGGAGGAAGUCAAACAGCUCAAUAGAAAUUAUGAAGACUCAAAAAUGAUCAAGAAUGAAUUGUCUGAGCUCACCUAUUUAUUAGAAAAAAUUAUGGAUAUUUUGGGAGCCAGUGAAUGGGUAAUAGAUAGAAAAUCUAAAGGUGUAAAGGAAUUAAUGCCAGCUUUGGAAAAGCAUAUCAAUGGCAUUCUAUCAGAAUCUGAAAAUUCAAAAUCAAAGGCCCUGGAACUUGAUAUUAAGUUAGUUGGCAGUCAGAAGAUUAUUGAUGAAUUAAGGACAAAGGUUAAAUUACUUGAAGAUUCACUCCAAGAUAGGACUUCUCAACCAGACAUUGUCCAGGAGAGGAGCAUAUAUGAAGCAUCCUCGUUAGCUUCUGGAUCUGAAAUAACUGAAGUUGAAGAGGGAUCACUUGGCAAGAAACCAAUUUCUCCUGUCCCACCGGCUGCUCAUGUGCGGAAUAUGCGAAAAGGAUCUACUGAUCAUCUAGCACUUGAUAUUAGUUUGGAGUCUGAUAAUUUGAUCAAGAGGGCAGAUAAGGAUGAAGAUAAAGGCCAUCUAUUCAAGUCUCUGAACACUUCUGGAUUUGUACCGAAACAGGGAAAGCUCAUUGCAGAUCGUAUUGAUGGACUCUGGGUAUCUGGUGGUAGGGUUCUUAUGAGUCGUCCUAGAGCAAGAUUAGGGCUUAUUGGUUAUGUGCUUAUCUUGCAUAUGUGGCUACUGGUGACGAUCUUGUAGAAGAGUUGUGAUCAAACCUACCUGGACUGCUCAAAAUUGAAGGUCCUGCAUCUGCAAAUUGUAUUAUAGAUAUAAAAGUGUCCCUUUUUAUUCGUGUCUUUCUUUUUGCUUCCUAAUGAAGCCUAACCUGUUUUUCUCUAGUCUCGUCAAAUCCACUAUUUGUUCUCUCUGCAAUCACAUUUUAGGGAUUCAGAGAUUCUGGUCUUCAAUGUUUGGGCUCAUUUUUUGGUAGCCUUCUUUCUUUAAAAACAAAGCCCCUCCAUUGUAUUGGCCUAAAGUUGUUUUAAUAUUAAAGGAUGUGGUGGGUAGAAAAUAGGUAGAUGAAUUUUUUCGCAUGUUAAUGUAAUAAAAAUGUAGAACGAUUUUAAGAUUGAUUCAUUUAUACCUCAAGCAGUGAAUCAAAAUGAAGAUACAGAUACCAAUGAAGGGUAAUUCAUUUCUAUUUUUGAA